GAAAGGUGUAAUAUACGUGUGUUAUUAGGUUGGAGGCCAUCGCUAAGCCGCUAUUUACGAACAAAAAAAGGGAAGAAUCGUGUAACAAUGUGAUAUAGUUUGCUAUUAGGACUCAUCAUGGUCUGGAUCCGAAGCCAAAGAGUUGAAUACUGACUCUGAUUGAUUUGUUUCGUUGCCACACGGAAAUCCAAACAGCGAGCUCAGCCAUGGUCAUUCUUAUGCUUUCAAAGCUUCCCAUCGGGAAGUUGGCGCUGCUUGGCAUCCGUCAGGCAGCACGGCCAGUCGCCAAGUUGGCGAUGGCCGCAGCUGAGCGGAGCCAAAGCUUUCAGAACGGCUGUGUAUCCGCUUCGCGGCUGAUGCAGACGGAUCGUUUGAACCUCCCUCAUGAUCAGGCCGUGCAGGCCGGAUGUACCAUGUUGGGUGAAGCUGUAGUCUUUGGUGUGACGGGCACAGCCCUGAUCUAUGAGUACCACAGGUCAAAGGAGGCUGAACGCCAGCGCCAAGAGGAUGCACGAGAGGAAGUCCGCAGCGAGGCUGCUGCCAGCAGAGCAGAGAUGCGUGCACGUUUAACUUUGCUGGAAGAAGAAAUUCUACGUCAACGUGCGGAGAUCACAUCCCUCCGAACGGAGGUGAUCCGUUCCAAGCGCAAUGCAACUCCCAGAAGUGAUGCGCGGCCUGGCAAAUCUGGUGCAGCCAUUUCAAAAAUUAUUUAUUGAAAAAAA